ACCCUACCCCGUGCCCUUUUCUGUCAUUAACGAAUUUUCCCCCUUUCGAUCGCGUUCUCGUCCCUCUCGAUUUGGUCCGGAUCGCUUCUCCUCCUGCACAAAUCAAGCUCGCAAUCUUUCGAUUCUCGCUCUCCUCUAUCGAUCCAUAUCUUUUCUGGCCUUAGCCGAGGGCUGAUCGUGUUUCGAGGGUUUUGGGAUUUCGAUCUGUAAUUGCAAGCUCGGAUCUGCGAAAGUUUUAUGGCGUAGUGAUGAUUUUGGGUUCUCGCUUGAUUUCUCUGGUUUUACGCACCUCGAUUUUGUGAAAAACCGCCUUUGACUUUUUUAGGGUUUCGACAGUUUUGCUACCGAGGUUUUUGGGUUUCGAUUUGAGUUCUUUCCUCUGUAGAUCGGUGAAAUUUCCGGGUGUAUGCGAGGGUAAUCGUUGAUAUCUUUCCUUUGUUCGUGUGAAUUUGCCGAUUUUCGGAGACAUUGAAAAAUUUAGGGUUAGGGUUUUGUGGAUUUGGGGGAUUUUGUGCCGAAGUUGGGAUUUAGCUCGAUUGCAUCAAGAUAUCUCCUUUCUGUCCAUUGCUUUGUCAUAAUUCGAGGGAUUCUGGACAUAGUUAGGCAUCUGCUGCAUCAAUUGAAGAGGACAAUUUGUUGAGGUGCCUGAUGUUGCUGAAAAUAAGGAAAAGCUGAAGUCCGUGGACCCACCCUUCCUUCGGUCCAAUCUUGGAAAAAAAAACUUUCUUUCUAGUUAAAAGAUGGUAUUGAAACGCCCUUUUGAUGAUGGUGAAUCAUAUGAAGUUUCCUAUAAGCUACCAAGACGAGAGGAACAUAGUCCACUACAUGCGUUACCUGGAAUUGAUUCUUCCGAACACUCUUCUCUCUUGGCUGAGUCUCCAGGUGAAGGAUGGUCAACAAAGAGAAAAUUGGAAGUUGAUCAAAAGCUCAUUGAUGGUUGCGUGACAAAACCUCCAAUAAGCAAUGUGGAGGAUGCAUAUAACAGUGAAGAAUUCCAACUAGAAGGACGUUUACGUGCAUCUUUUUCUCCCGAAUAUGUCCCUUCUAACCAUCCGGCUACAGCUCGUAGUGGCUGUGAUGAUGUCUAUUCUUUGGUUUUACGGCAUCCACCACAGAAACCAGUUCCCAUUGGACCAGAUUAUCAAGCCGACCUGUCACCCUGGAGCCAACAGGAUGCCAUGAAUAGUUUGAGUUGCUUGAAUGAAUCUGCUGCGAUUUCAAAUUCGGAUCUUAUUGCUGGAGAUGAAGACGACAGGAGGUUCACUGGAAUUUGUGUUAUUCCGUUCCCUGCUUCUGACGUUUACGAUAACUGUGAUGACAAAGUUGGAGCCGGUCGUGCUGGUUGUAGCUGCCUGGAUGAAGGUUCCAUAAGAUGCAGUAGGCAACAUACCAUGGAAGCAAGAGACUUGCUCAGAAGGGAACUUGGAAAUGAAGGAUUUGUGGAGUCUGGAUGCCAUGACAUGGGAGAACAAGUUGCUGAGAAGUGGAGUGACGAGGAAGAACAGUUAUUCCAUGAAAUUGUCUUCUCCAACCCGUCAUCUUGGGGCAGAAACUUCUGGAAUAGUUUAUCUUUCAGAUUUCCUUCACGAACCAGAAGGGAAAUUGUUAGUUACUAUUUCAAUGUUUACAUGCUCCAGAAGAGGGCUGAACAAAACAGAUGUGACCCAGUGAACAUUGACAGCGAUAAUGAUGAAUGGCAGGUGAGUGAUGAGGAAGAUGAGGACUCCAUUGUUGAAUCUCCUGAACAUGGGGUUGGCCCUGGUUAUGACAGGAAUGUGGAAGAAAUAAAUGAAGUUGACGAGGGAAUUGCCGAAGAAACUUGUGAAGGUGAUGAGCAUGUUACUCUGAAAGUGGGAGAGUUUUUCUCUGAUUCUCCAGAAGCAUGCUCCAAGAAAUGGACAGAUAGUCCCACUUCUCACCUCAGGAAUAAAUCUUGGGAUGACAGGGGCGAUCAAGAUGAUUCGUGUACAUCUUUUGAUAGCUUGGCUGCCACAGUUCCGGAUACCCAGUUGAAGCGUGAAAAUGGGGACUGCUUGCCUAGUAGCUCUCACAAUUUGAAUGGGGGUGGUGGUCAUGACUAUGUGUUGGAUACUUGUGAUGCUAAGUUCUGGGAUGCUGGCUAUAUAGCUUGCCCGAAAACAGAAUUUGAGUUCUUGCCCACUUGCAGUAUGAUUGAAGAGGUCUUUGGAGAUGGAUCUUGGAACAGCGAGGCAGAUGGGAAGGGCUUUAGCUAGCACCUACUGGUCGUUGCUUGUGAUGACUGAGCCUUUUGAGACAAAUGUCGCCACCAUGAAAUUUAGCUUGUUGAAAAUAGGAACUGUCCAAUUUUUCAUGGUAUAAUUACCAUAAUGGAAGUCCUGCCUUCUUUGUAAGAUAGUGAGAGAAGGUCAGCAGGUUUCGCUUGUUAAGGUGACAAUUUUUUUAUUUGCCUCUCAAGAGGCGUUCUUUUUUUUGUUGCUUUCUUGCUGUAUAAUCCCUUUUCAUCUUCCCUUCAGUCUCUUGUCGACUAUUUUGUUGGCAUUUCGCCUUCAAAGAUAGAUCAUUUGCAGAUCUCAGACAAAGGUAUAAUGUUCCAUGGUGUAAUUGUAUAGAUGCUUUCGUGAAUGGAACAUGAUAUGGUUCAUUAUU